AUGGAGUCGCAAAUGAUGCAGCUCGGCAUGUUCUCGUCGAUGCGCGCCAACAAGACGGAGACACUCAUGUGCAUCCUCCUCCCGAUCGUGCUCAAGCAGCUCUACGACUCGGCCGGGUCCAUUUCGCUCAGCGACCUUGUCGACAACGUGCUCUCAGCGUUGCCGUUUGGUCGCCGGUCGACGCUGCGCGUCAUUAGCGCCAAGCACUACAUGGCGUCCCACGGCCGCAUUUACGAUGAGAGCGACAUGAACUACAUCCUUCAGCGCGCGAUCGCCAACUACUUGACCAAGCACAUGCCCAUGGCGCACAAGCCGUCGGGUCGGUACCAGCUCGUCGAGGCGCUCGACACGGAAGUUGUGUCGCGUCUCGGCGAUGAUGCGCCGAACCCCAACGACCGCGACUACUGGGACACGCGGGAGCUCGAUGUCGACGUGACGAUCUUGACCGUGAACGCGCUACCGCCGAUCGGCGAGUGGAUUGAGAUCGAAGACGGGCUCUGGUUCUACCACGACGUGUACGAGGCCGGCGAGAGCGGCGGCGGCAACGGCAGCCAACGCAGCAUGAAGGAGUCGACGAUCACGUUCAAGCUUCGGGCAUCGGGCGCCGACGCCGGUGGCCGCAUCGACAGCUUUGUCAACACGGCCUUUCAGGCGUACCAAGACGCAAUCGUCGCCAAGAAGCUCCGUGACAAGACCCGCUACAUGUAUGUGGCGUCGGCUGGCGCCCCACCGCCGGUGGCAACGUCGUCCGAGGAUGAUGGCGGCGCCAGCACACCGUCGGCUCCGCUCUUCAAGCGCUACGCAUUGAGCGACCACAAGACGUUCGACAAUCUCUUCUUUGAGACCAAGACCGCGCUUCUCGACCUCCUCGACACGUUUACGACCAAGAGCGGCAAGUACGCGAUCCAAGGGUUUCCCUACAAGCUCGGGUUCCUGCUCCACGGGCCACCGGGCACGGGCAAGACGAGUCUCAUCAAGGCGAUUGCACAGCACACCAAGCGCCACAUCGUCAACAUUUCGCUCGCGAAUGUCAAGACGAACCAAGAGCUCAUGGACUACAUGCUCGAUCUGCGCAUGAACGUACCAGGCGAAGACAUGCCGAUCAAGCUGAGCUACGACAAGGUGGUGUUUGUGAUGGAAGACAUCGACUGCGCAUCCGAAGUCGUCCACACGCGCAAGGACUCGGCGACCGGUGUGCCGUCCGACGACGAAGACCGCGCGAUGCUCGAAGCCGCGGUCGCAGCCAGUCUGGCGAGCGCGGGUGGUAUCAAGUCCAUGACCAAGUUUACGCCCCACGACAAGCUCAACCUCAGCGGCCUCCUCAAUGUACUCGAUGGCGUCGUCGACACGCCGGGUCGCAUCCUCAUCAUGACGUCCAACCACCCCGAGAAGCUCGACCCGGCGCUCAUUCGCCCGGGUCGCAUCGACGAGCAGCUGUACAUGGGUGCGAUGAACGCGACGCAAGCCACGCUCAUGGUGCAGCACUACUUUGCGACGGCAUUGACGACCGACGAGACGGCUACGAUUGAGCGUGUAUUUACCAACGCGACGACCGACAUUUCACCGGCGCAGGUUGAGAACCUCUGCGCCAAGCACCGUCAACUCGACGAUUUCUUGGUGGCGCUCAAAGACCAGCUGUAA